AAAAUGAGUCAGCUGGGAACAGUUUAUGCCACCAAACGGAGGCGCCGCAAUGGCAAAAGCAUCAAGGCAACUCCGAAAGAAGGCAUCACCAAAAGCAACCCUUCCAAACGACACCGUGAACGACUGAACGCUGAGCUGGAUCUGCUCGCCUCGCUGCUACCAUUCGAGCAGAACAUAUUGAGCAAACUGGACCGAUUAAGCAUUCUGCGGUUGUCGGUCAGCUACCUGAGGAUUAAAAGCUAUUUCCAAGUUGUGAUGCACAAAGAAAAGGGCGAAAAUGGACUGGUGCCGCAUUCUGCUUCCGACGAAAGCUAUCGCGCACGAGAUUUUACCUCCUACGAUCACAGUUUCAUUGUCGACAGCGAUAUGUUUUUACAGGCAUUAAACGGAUUCAUUAUGAUUCUCACAUGUGAAGGGGAAGUAUUUUUCGCAACACACACCAUCGAAAGCUAUCUUGGAUUUCAUCAGUCUGACAUCAUUCACCAAUCCGUAUACGAGCUGGUACAUUCAGAAGAUCGCGAAGAGCUGCAGAAGCAACUGCUGUGGAACUCCUUUCUACCGGCAGAUCUAUCCGGCAUUCAACUCUCCGAAGCAUUGGUACCGGAAAAGGACAAACUAUUGGAACGAAGCUUUACCGUGCGGUUUCGCUGUCUGCUCGACAAUACUUCUGGCUUUUUGCGCUUAGACAUCCGAGGGCGGGUAAAGAUAUUACACGGGCAGAAUAAAAAGAACGAGGAGCCACCGUUGGCGCUGUUUGCAUUCUGCACUCCGUUUGGACCGCCUAGUCUGCUCGAGAUUCCACCCAAGGAGAAUAUGUUUAAAUCGAAACAUAAGCUAGACUUUUCACUCGUGUCCAUGGAUCACAAAGGCAAAAACACACUCGGCUAUUCGGAUUCGGAACUAGCAAACAUGGGUGGAUACGAUCUGGUACACUACGACGAUUUGGCGUACGUGGCAAGUGCUCAUCAGGAAUGUGAGUGUGAUGUAGUAUAUCGAUCGAUACGAGUGGGUUAUACGUGGCAUAUUGUUAACAUUUCAGUGCUGAAAACAGGAGCCUCCGGUAUGAUUGCGUAUCGCUAUCAGAAAAAGGACGGUGCUUGGCAGUGGCUGCAAACAAGCUCUAGGUUGGUGUAUAAAAACUCAAAGCCCGACUUCGUUAUCUGCACCCACCGUCAGCUGAUGGAGGAGGAAGGUCGGGAUCUGCUAGGCAAGCGGACGAUGGAUUUUAAAGUAAGCUAUCUGGAUGCAGGCAUCUCUUCGACCUACUUUGAAUCGGAUCAGCUGAUCGUUAGCUCAAACAACAGCAGUGCACCAAGCUCACCGACGACCUCCCAACAACGUGCCAACCGGCGAUAUAAAACACAGCUGCGCGAUUUUCUCUCCACCUGUCGACAUAAGCGUAAACUGCCCAACCAAUGCGCUGCUGAACAGGUUUCUCCCAGCGUCUCAGUCGUGGAUUACAUCCCUGGUGGACCGCCAGGUACGGCGGCGGCAGCUGCUGCAGUUGCUGCGGCUGCCUACUCGAACAGCAUCAACAGCGUUUAUUCACCGGCAGCCCAUUUCCCCGGUUCGGCACCGGACAACGUGUACAUGGCCGGUCCGGUUCACUCGUCGAACUUUUACCCGAUGCCCGAUAAUCUUUUCCACCAGUAUCGGCUGCAAGGUGUAAGUGGCUACUAUCCCGAGUAUCAUACCAGCACUAGUGCAUCCACCUUUGUUCCUACUAACGGGCUUAUUCCGUACGACAGUUAUGGAAUCACUAAAGAGGACACCAUGCGGUGGCAUGAGGGGACAAAGAGUUACGGUGUUGGCAGCGAGUCGGGUCAAUCGCACCCGGCCAGUAACGAAUCGUCACAGCAACCGGAAACACCCGGUGGUGGAUGUGCCUCAGGCGAAGCCACCUAUCUUGUCAGCGGGUUUGCCGCUGCUCCCGGAACCGACCCGCGAUCCCCUCAUGUACCCAAAGGUUCGUGCCAGCAGGGCAAAAGUGUUUCCCCACACUCAUCCGAGGAGUUGGUCGAUCCUUGCUGUACCGUCGAUGGUAACGCCACACCGACCAAAGAUACGAUCGAUCGUCACGCUCACCAUGGCAACCAGUCACAACAUCAUGGACCGCAAAAUUCACAGCAACACCAUCAUCAUCCCGGUGCUCACCAUCAACCAGCUCACCACCACCAUACUCAUCACCAUCAUCAGCAGCAAACCUCACACCAUCAUACAGUGCAGCAUCACACGGAUAUGCAGCAGCUCCAUGCACAUGCGCAUCAUCAUUCGCAUCCAUCGCACCGCCAUCGGAACGGUGAUGGCUCGGAGGAAAACAAACUGGGUAGCGCCAAGUCAUCGGCAUCGUCGUCGCCGAUCCGUCACAGCGAACCACAGCGCCAAACCGUUCUCAUGUGGGGUACGUCCUAUACUAACAGCGGAAACGGUGAUCCCCAUGCUACCAGUAGCAAUGGUUCACCGUCUUACGAUUAUAUGGAUUCGGCGGGUAACUUUAAUCUUGUAAGCCUGCCAAAAUCCGGCUCCAUUAGUAGUAAUGAAUUGAAUAGUAACGCUAACUCUAUCACCACGAGUGCCCCCACGGGCGAACCGACACAUCAUCUUCCCGACCCAACUACUAACAAUCCCAACCAAACGCAUCCAGCCACUUGCGAGCCGGGGGCCCAAGCAUCCAGCGAAACAAUCCUGGAACCGAUCGAUAACAAUUCCCGUGGGAUCGGCAAAACGAUCCCGACCCACAUUGCGCUUACUAAAUCAAAAAUCCUGCAGCCUGCCGAUUCCACCGGUGAAACAAGUGCUUACAGCGGCAAACAAUCCAAAGUCUAUGUUAAUCAUUCUAACCAACAACAACAACAACCGACACAACUGCAGCACGUUGCUGAGCCACUCACGGAUGGAACAGCGACUGUCGUUUCGAUGGAUCCGACCAACACUAUUCCUGCUUCUGCCGAUACUAAAUGGUAUUGCACAGAUGAUGCAUAA